UGUUUUGCGCCGAAAACUACUUAAAAACCUCGUAUCCAAAACGGUGUUAUUUCAAAACUAUUUUUAAUCUAUGCAAAAAAUGGCGAUUGACAACGGCGGCAUAACCAUAACCUAACAAUUUUUGUUUUGUGUUGUGUUAUCGUGAUAAAAUAGUGAAUUAAAACUAUAAUAAGUGAAUAAAUGAUAGUUAUUUGUGUAUAAAAUAAGUAAAUAAUCAUGGCUGACGCGGCUGCGAGACAGUUGCAAUAUGAAUACAAAGCUAACUCAAAUCUUGUACUGCAAGCUGAUGUUCGACUCAUAGAGCGUCGUGGUCGUGAUGAGGCUACUGGGGAAGUGUUGUCCUUGUCGGGGAAGCUUGGUGGGACCCGUAUGGGGGACAGGGCUCAGCGCACGAAGCCCGACAAGACUGAGGAGAGAAAAGUCAAGAGACAGAAAAGAGAUGAAGCGUCCUAUGAGCUGUCAAAGUCCAAAACAUCCCGGGUAGCCUGGGCUGAUGAUACACCUGGAGUCCUCUACCGACCAAGAGCUCAACACACGAGGCAUGCCUACGAAAUGCUCCUCACAUUCAUGCAGAGUGCUCUAGGAGACCAGCCCAGGGAUAUUCUUUGCGGAGCAUGUGACGAAGUGCUGGUCGUACUGAAGAAUGAUAAGUUGAAGGAUCCGGAGAAGAAGAAAGAGAUUGAGAUGCUCCUCGGACCCGUUGCUGAUGAGAGAUUCGCUUUGCUUGUUAAUUUGGGCAAGAAGAUCACAGACUUCAACAUCAGUUCCUCAGCGGAGGGCAACAGUGAAAUCGAUGAGACAUACGGCAUCAAUGUACAGUUUGAGGAGUCUUCAGAAGAAGAUGAUGAAGAUGCUUACGGAGAGGUCCGAGAAGAAGACAAGGAGGAUGGCGAGGGUUCAGAGAAUGAGAAAGAGAAAGACAGCAGCGCUGAUGAGGACAGCGACGCAGAGGGCAAGAGGAAUGCCAUACACGCUAAUCUUACCGAAGAACAGUCUAAUAAGCGAAGAGAUAUGACCCUUCACCCAAUGGACAUUGACGCCUAUUGGCUACAACGACGUCUCUCCCGUCACUUCCCUGACGCCAUGGUCUCCCAAGCCAAGUCCAGCGAGGUCCUCACGGCGUUAGGAGAGGCUGCCGACGAUAGGGACCUGGAAAACAGGCUGGUGCUCUUGCUAGGAUACGAUUGCUUCGAAUUCGUGAAGCUCCUGAACAAAUAUAGGUAUACAGUUCUGUACUGCACGAAGCUGGCUUCAUCUCAGUCUGAGAGCGAACGCGCCGCCAUUAGGGAGGAGAUGUCCAAACAGCCACAUCUGCAAAAGAUCCUCGCUCAACUGGAAACUGGGAAAGGUGAUGAUGAGACAUCGCUACAAUCAUCAGAAGCGCCCCGCAAGCGUCAUAAAACAGAUCCCGAGUCCACAUCUUCAACAGGCCAGGUCACAGGAAACCGUAAGGUCCUGCAGCUUGAGGAGCUGAUGUUCGCUGCAGGGGCGCAUUUCAUGGCGAACAAACGUUGCCAGUUGCCGCCUGGGUCUUUCAGGAAACAGAGAAAAGGUUACGAAGAAGUCCACGUGCCAGCCUUGAAGCCCAAGCCGUUCGAUGAGGGGGAGACUCUCUUACCCAUUGAGAAGCUGCCCAAAUAUGCACAGCCAGCCUUCGAGGGAUUCAAGACCUUAAACAGGAUACAGAGCCGGAUCUGCAAAGCUGCCCUAGAAACUGACGAAAACCUAUUAGUUUGUGCCCCCACUGGUGCGGGUAAAACCAACGUGGCACUGCUUUGCCUUCUCCGGGAGUUGGGCAAGCAUGUCAACGAUGAUGGCUCCGUCAACGUGCACGAUUUCAAGAUGAUCUACGUAGCUCCCAUGCGUUCACUUGUACAGGAAAUGGUUGGUACCUUCACGAAGCGUCUGUCAGCGUACAACCUUCGCGUGUCUGAGCUGACGGGAGACCAUCAGCUCACUCGGGAACAGAUCGACGCCACCCAGCUCAUUGUCUGCACUCCGGAGAAGUGGGAUAUUAUCACCAGAAAAGGUGGCGAGCGCUCGUUCACGAACCUGGUGCGUCUGAUCAUCAUCGACGAGGUCCACCUGCUGCACGACGAGCGAGGGCCUGUACUCGAGGCACUCGUUGCCAGGACACUUCGCACCGUCGAACAGACCCAGGAAGAGGUACGCCUCGUAGGCCUGUCAGCUACGCUACCUAACUACACAGAUGUCGCCGCCUUCCUCCGAGUCAAGCCGGAACAUGGCCUCUUCUAUUUCGAUAACUCAUUCAGGCCCGUAGCCCUUGAACAGCAAUACAUAGGUGUUACUGAAAAGAAAGCACUGAAGCGGUUCCAAGUUAUGAACGACAUAGUCUACGAAAAGACUAUGGAACAUGCUGGCAGGAAUCAGAUCUUAGUAUUUGUCCACUCGCGUAAGGAGACUGGGAAGACGGCGCGCGCUAUACGGGACAUGUGCUUAGAAAAAGAUACUCUUGGACAGUUCCUCAGGGAGGGCUCAGCGAGCAUGGAGGUACUCCGUACUGAAGCGGAACAGGUGAAGAACCCGGAACUUCGUGAGCUACUGCCGUAUGGAUUCGCGAUCCAUCACGCCGGCAUGAGCAGGGUCGACAGGACCUUGGUCGAAGAUCUGUUCGCUGAUAGACAUAUUCAGGUUCUAGUAUCAACGGCGACGUUAGCUUGGGGCGUGAACCUGCCAGCUCACACGGUCAUAGUGAAGGGCACCCAGGUGUACUCCCCCGAGAGGGGGCGCUGGGCUGAGCUGGGUGCGCUCGACGUGCUACAGAUGCUGGGCCGCGCCGGACGCCCGCAGUACGACACCAAGGGAGAGGGUAUCCUGAUAACGAAUCACUCGGAGCUCCAGUACUACCUGUCCCUCCUGAACCAGCAGCUUCCCAUCGAAUCUCAGCUGGUCAGCAAGCUCCCUGAUAUGCUCAACGCUGAGAUAGUUCUUGGAUCCGUUCAGAGCGUCAGGGAUGCUGUCACCUGGUUGGGCUACACUUACCUGUACAUCAGAAUGCUGCGUCAGCCGGCCCUAUACGGCAUCUCCCAGGAGAAGUUCCAGGAAGAUUCUCUCCUGGAGCUGCAUAGAGCUGAUCUAGUGCAUACUGCCGCUAGUCUUUUGGAUAAAGCCGGCCUCAUCCGCUACGAGCGUAAGUCCGGCCACUUCCAGCCGACGGAGUUGGGCCGUAUAGCGAGCCAUUUUUACUGCACUUACGAGACCAUGCAAUGUUACUCCCAGCUGCUGAAGCCCACCCUUGGGGAAAUUGAGCUGUUCAGGGUGUUCUCCCUGUCGGCUGAGUUCAAGCAUAUAGCUGUAAGGGAGGAGGAAAAGCUUGAGCUAUGCAAGCUUAUGGAGAGGGUACCGAUUCCUAUAAAGGAGAGCAUUGAAGAACCCUCAGCUAAGAUCAACGUGCUACUACAAGCGUACAUCUCGCAGCUGAAGCUGGAAGGGUUCGCCCUGAUGGCAGACAUGGUCUAUGUCACCCAGUCCGCCUGUAGGCUGCUCAGGGCUAUCUUCGAGAUCGUACUCCAUAGAGGUUGGGCCCAGCUAGUUGACAAGACGCUGGCCCUCUGCAAGAUGGUCGACAGACGGAUGUGGCAGUCAAUGUCGCCAUUGCGCCAGUUCAGGAAGAUGCCGGAGGAAGUAAUAAAAAAACUUGAAAAGAAAAACUUUCCGUGGGAGAAACUCUAUGAGCUCGGGCCAAACGAGAUAGGCGAGCUCGUCAGGGCUCCGAAGUUAGGUAAAAUGAUACACAAGUACGUACACCAGUUCCCCAAGUUGGAGCUGGCCACCCAUAUACAGCCGAUAACCAGGUCCACGUUGAGGGUCGAGCUGACCAUCACUCCUGAUUUCCAUUGGGACGAGAAGAUUCACGGGCAAUCAGAAGCGUUCUGGAUCCUGGUGGAGGAUGUGGACUCUGAGGUGGUGCUCCACCACGAGUACUUCCUGCUGAAGGAGAAGUACUGCAAGGAUGAGCAUCAUGUCAAGCUGUUCGUGCCUGUUUUCGAGCCUCUGCCGCCGCAGUACUUCUUGCGGGUCGUUUCUGAUAGAUGGAUAGCAGCGGAGACCCAGCUACCUGUGUCGUUCCGCCACCUGAUCCUCCCCGAAAAGAACCUCCCCCCCACCGAGCUCCUGGACCUGCAGCCACUCCCAAUAUCUGCAUUGCGGAACCCCAAGUUUGAAGAGCUAUACAAUGAUACCUUCCCACAAUUCAAUCCGGUGCAAACUCAGGUAUUCAACGCUGUAUACAACUCUGACGAGAACGUGUUCGUGGGCGCUCCGGCGGGGGCAGGGAAGUCUGUCCUCGCGGAGCUGGCGCUGCUCCGGCUGCUGGGGGGCGCCGCCCCCGGCGCCGGCCGCGCCGUCUACCUGCUGCCCAACGACGCUCUGGCCGACAUUGUCUUCGCUGACGUCUACCACAAGUUCAGCUCCCGGUUCAACGUUAAGGUGGUUCAACUGACGGGUGAAACGGCGACAGACCAUAAGCUGCUCAACAAGGGCCAAAUCAUCGUCACCACAGCUGAUAAAUGGGACAUUCUCUCCAGAAGAUGGAAGGUCCGUAAGAGCGUGCAGAGCGUUUCCUUGUUCAUAGUGGACGCUCUCCAACUGCUGGGAGGAGAGGAGGGACCCGUGCUGGAGGUCGUCUGUUCCAGGAUGCGGUACAUAUCCUCUCAGAUUGGUCGUCCGAUCCGUAUAGUAGCGCUGUCGCUCCCCCUGGCGGACGCGCGCGACGUGGCGCAGUGGUUGGGUUGCUCCGCCAACACGACCUUCAACUUCCACCCCAGCGUCAGGCCACUGCCUCUACAGCUGCAUAUACAGGGUUUCAACAUAUCGCACGCGGGGUCCCGUCUGGCGGCGAUGACGAAGCCCAUCUACCACGCGGUGGUCCGGCACGCGGGGUCGCGGCCCGCCGCCGUGUUCGUGCCGUCCCGGCGCGCGGCGCGCCUGCUGGCCGCCGACCUGCUGGCGCUGGCCGCCGCGCAGGGCGCGCCCGCCGCCUUCCUGCGCGCCCGCCCCGACAUGCUGCAGCCCUUCCUCAAGCGGGUCAACGAUAAGAUGCUGAAGGAAACCCUAGCAGCCGGAGUGGCGUACCUGCACGAGGGCGUGGAGGCCGGGGACCGUCGCCUGGUCCAGCAGCUCCUGGAGUCCGGGGCCGUCACGCUCUGCGUCGUGGCCGCCGAGCUGGCCUGGGGACUCGCCGCGCAUGUACACACCGUCAUCAUCGCUGAUACUUAUGUUUACAACGGCAAGCUGCACGCGUACGAGCAGUACCCGAUAACGACCGUCCUACAAAUGAUCGGACGCGCCUGCAGGCCGCUGGAAGACGAUCAUUCCGUCGUGGUCCUCAUGUGUGUCGCCCACCAGAAGACCUUCUUCACCAAACUCCUCAACGACUGUCUUCCCUUGGAGAGCCACCUCGACCACAGACUCCACGAUCAUAUGAAUGCUGAGAUUGUAACGAAAACUAUAGAGAACAAGCAGGAUGCUGUAGAUUAUCUCACAUGGACCUUCCUCUACCGCCGUCUCACACAGAAUCCUAACUAUUACAACCUCCAAGGAGUCACGCACAGGCAUCUAUCAGAUCACCUCUCGGAGCUGGUGGAGACGACCCUCACGGACCUGGAGCAGUCCAAGUGCAUCGCCAUCGAGGAUGACAUGGAUGUCCAGCCCCUGAACCUGGGAAUGAUCGCGUCAUACUAUUACAUAAACUAUACUACUAUAGAGCUGUUCUCCCUCUCCCUUACGAAUAAGACCAAGAUCCGUGGCCUGCUGGAGAUCAUAUCCUCGGCCGCGGAGUACUCGGAACUCUGCAUCAGACAUCGCGAGGAGAAUAUCAUCAAGGCGCUAGCUGCUAAAGUCCCCCACAAGCCGAGCUCGGCGUCCGGCCCGGUGAAGUACAACGACCCGCACGUGAAGGCGCACGUGCUCCUGCAGGCACACCUCUCCCGCAUGCAGCUGCCCGCCGAACUGCAGGCCGAUACUGCGCUCGUACUCGCCAAGGCCAUCCGGCUGAUCCAAGCGUGCGUGGACGUGGUGUCCAGCAGUGGGUGGCUGUCCCCAGCAGUGGCGGCCAUGGAGCUGGCGCAGAUGGUGACGCAGGCGAUGUGGGCCAAGGACUCGUACCUCCGCCAGCUGCCUCACUUCACGGCAGACCUGGUGCACCGGUGCUCCGAGAAGGGAGUCGAGACGGUGUUCGACGUGAUGGAACUAGAAGACAACGCUCGCGCCAAACUGCUUCAGCUGUCACCGACAGAGAUGGCGGACGUGGCGCGGUUCUGUAACAGAUACCCUAACGUCGAACUGACUUACGAGGUGGUGAACGAGCGCCACCUGCGCGCCGGCAAGCCCGUCGUAGUCGAGGUCUCGCUAGAGAGAGAGGACGAUAUCGCCGGCCCUGUCAUCGCGCCCUUCUUCCCGCAGAAACGCGAGGAAGGCUGGUGGGUGGUGAUCGGAGACCCGAAGACGAACACUCUGCUGUCCAUCAAGCGAGUGUCGCUGGCCCGCACCGCCAAGGUGCGGCUGGACUUCGUCUGCGGAGCCCCAGGGCGCCACACGUACACUUUAUACUUCAUGUCGGACGCGUACCUCGGCGCGGACCAGGAGUAUAGGUUCACCGCCGAUGUCGCAGAGGCCGCCUCGGACUCCAGCGACUCGGAAUAA